AUUAUCAAAAGAAGGUGAGCAAGGAAUUGGAUGAUUUCGCUACGAAGCAUUCAGUUUCAAAGGAGUUGGAAAAGACUGAGAAAGAGGAAGAGUCUGAGGAAGAUUUAAAACCGAUCGGGGAUGAUCCUGAUAUGGCGAAAUCGUAUAUCGAAUGGUUGAAGAAUCGCAAGAAACGAGCGGAGAUUUCAUCCGCUCUCAAAUCGAAGAUGCAGAAAUCUAUACUCUCGGAAUUGUGGGAAAGAAUGGCGGAGAAGCAAGACAGAACUGUCGACGAGGAACUGGCGAAACGAGUGUUGGAUCAAUCAAGGUACGAGAAGCAGAUCAUGACGAAACUGUGCGAGAUACACGAGCAAAAGAACAUCAUGGCCGAGAAUCAAAGGGUCGUGGAGGAUAUCAUUUUGCAGGCGAAUGAGAUGGAGGAUCGCGCGAAAUACUAUCGUUCUCAGGAUCUGGUCACAGCGGACGAGAAAGAUAUGAAAAUCGAGUGUCAAAGAAUGUGCGAGUUACGUCACAGAUUACACGUAAUGAAGAUAGAAAAAAUACGGAAGAAACAUUGGUCAAUUUGUCAAAAAGUGAUCGAUGAUUUGCUGACCAUCGCGUUCAACAUAUGCGAACAUCGGCAAUUGAACGAUGGCCACAUACCGCUCACGCUUAUCAGCGAGUGGAGGCGCCUGUUUCUCAAAUCUGAGCCGAUCGUCGAGAAAAAGGUACCUUUCGAUCUAGACACCCCGAAACAUGAAUUGGAAACAUUCAUCAAAGCGGACGACUGGAGCAAACAUGUAAAGAUUGAAAUACUGCAAGACACCCUCUUCGACGACUAUAUGGAAUUAAACGAGCCCUGGAAUUUUCUUUUGACGGAGCUCGAUGAAGAUACGCGCGAGGUUAUGAAGCUUGGCCGCUUGGUGCUCGGAUACAUCGUGCAUCGACUCCUCGAUGGUCUUUACGCUCGACCCGCGGAUCCUUCCAAACGGUUGAAAAUCAAAAUGAAGAACAUCUCGAUCAUUCUCGGGAUCGAUGAUGCGAAGGCUUACGAGACCCUUUCGAUGUUGCUCGAACAAUCCAAUUUUCACUUGGUGCGGAUGGAGGACGCGAUCAAUCAUUGUCUGCAACAGUACAAGAAAGAAAUGGCCGACUUCAAGUACAUUGAUUUGAAUAUAAUCUUGGCAACCACGCAACUGAUCGAUGUGCAAACGGAAUACCACUGCCUGACGAUGAAACACGUUAAACGUUCGAGAUGGGCCGACGAAGUGUCAACAACCACGCCUGAACCAAAUCCGAAUUUGAAAAAAGCCACAAACAAACAAGUGAAGGAGAACAAAUCAUUUCCGAUCAAUAUUCACGAGGAAGAAAUGGAUUCUUCUAUACACAAGCAGACGCAAACACCGAGGAAUAUACCAUACGACGAUAUAGAUCCUAUAUUGACGGAUACUGCGCAUAUAGGUAAGUGGACCUACGAGUUUCUAACGUUGGGCGAACCUAUCACGAACGAUCUUGGGACCAAAAUCAUAAUCGAGUAUUUAAAGAGUAAGAUGGAUGCGAAAGGCUGGGUUUUCGUUGAUUAUCCAACUUCGUAUGAUCAAAUGUCGUGGUUGGAGACGACGAUGGGUAUGAGCCCACCUCCCGACCCGAAAGAGCUCGAAAUCAAGGACAUUAACGUUGAAGACAUCGAGAUAAUAAAACCGAGAAUCAUUUUCGAGGACAAAUCUGAUCCAUACGCGCUGCAAAGAACUUCGAAAAUAAUGCCCAAUUCGAUUUUGGAACAAAUUUAUGAUUACAAAAAUAAUAACACGUUCGUGUCGCUUUUCGUCCGAAUGAAGCAACAGCCGAGGGACUUCGAGAAAGGUGAUCGAACGUACGAGAAGAUAAGCAAAAUAACGCCAUCUAUCGACGGUUUUUACGCGUUUCACAAGAUCGCGUACGUUUUCCAUUACUCGAGUUUCGAUCUGCCCACUUUGAAGAAAUUAGCCAGGCUCGUGCUAGGCUAUCCGAAAAAGAUGUCCAGAGAAUUAUUCGGGGACAUUUUGGAGAUGUUGGAAAUGGAUCCACAUCGUCUCCCGAUCACGAAGGAUGCCGUAAUUCGACGCCUCGUGACCGACGAAGAGUUCGCGGAGCUCGAGCUCGUCAAAGACAUGGACGAGGAGGAGGAGGAGGAGAUGAAGCACGACGUCAUAUCUGAAGAUUUUCAGCUGGAAUUCGACUUGAAGCCAUCGAAACCUGGCGAACUGAACUGGCAAUGGAUCAACUUUCCCCUUCCGAUGUUGUUACAGAACAUGGCCAAACUGUGGGAGAUCUUGGAGGACAUUUAUAUAGAGGAAGUGAAGGAGUUACUGUAUCUCAAGAGCGUCCACUCGUCGAGCAUUGUUCCGUACACGGGUUUUCUGCAUAAGAACGCGAUGCAAUUUAUAAAACGACCGGAUCAUAAGCAGGACAUGAUAUACGAGUUUCAGCAAGCUUUCAACUCGAUCGAUAUGGAUGCGCGGAAAGAGGUGGACGUGAAAUGCGAGCUGCAUCGUCGCGUGGCCGAUUUCCAGGCCGAGCUGUGGGAGAUUUGCGAUGAUAGAAGACGCGUGGCCGAAGAGGAACGGAAGCGAUACGUGAGCUUCGAGUGGGCUAUACAAGAGGCGGUGAUCCUCUACGACAUUUUCGUGGGUCUCAUUCAAGCCGAGAUAGACCGGUGCAUCGACACCCAACACCUGCUGCAAGAUUACUACAUGGGUAUGUUGAAGAAACCGUUGCGAGAGCUGGGCGUCUCGAAGGUCGUCCUGAACAAGAUCGACGUGGAGACGAUGGAGUCCGAGGACAACGAUGAGGAGGAAGAGGAAUCGCCGAUCUACGAGGAGAAGUUGACCGAUCAAAGGAAAAAGGAUCGAUCGAAAUUCAAGGUUGAAUCGCAGGCCCAGAGCUCUUCUCCAAUUGCCAUCUGCCGGCUCGACAUCCAGAAGGAGAUCAACCAGGUGUUGCUUGAAAGGAGCAAAAUGAUCGUGAACAUCGAGGACACUUGCAUGUUUAAGGGCAUCAUGAAGAAUGUCGUUUACGUGAGGGAGAUCCUUGACACGUUGUUCACGGUGAUCCAGGAGACGAUUAAGAGGGAACAAGUGACGUUCAAGGGGAAAGACUUCACGUUCAUCGAUUCCAUAGAGUCGAUAAACAAUAUAGAGAAAAUGGCGUCGAGGGUGCAGGAUCUGUUCUUGGAAUGGCGUUACGUGAGCAAUUACGAGAUCUUAAGAGUUCGGCAGAAACUCGAGUCCAUAGUGAACGUGGCACGACUGGAUUUCGAUUUUCUCGUUGACACGAUGCAGAGAUUGUUUCAUGACAUUUACGAUGCUAUCGUAGACAGGUAUUGGCAGGAGAUGAAGAGCGUGAACGACAUGGUGAACGUGUUCUGUUUCGCGAUCGAGGAGGGUAAAAUGCUGGAGAAGGAGAUGGAGUUGAAGGGGGACAAGUUCAUCAUCAAAUCGAACGUGUACGUGGUGAAAAUGAGGUCCGAGAAGCCGAAAAGACUCAAAGAGUAUCCGUCCAUGCGGUUCCGAAUAAUCAAGUUGAGCCACCUGAUGGACAUGUUCAAGCAAGUGGCGCCGAUCGGGAUCAUGAGCGAGCGCACCCUUGUUUACAUUCUCCAAGACCUGGUUUGCCACGGCCUCGAGGAGGGCGAGCCGAUGAUGCUCCCGUGCAGGUGGUACGACCUUUGCCCAGAGGACAUCUCGAAUUUGAUCAACAGGAUCUUCAAAUCCGUGAACUACGUCGAUUGGCGGGAAUUCCUUAUUUACGCGAUGGAUAUCCCGUAUCCAACUUGCCGGGAAAUCUUGAUCACCAGGGAUCGUUUGCGGAUUCAGGAUUACGAGUUGAAAGAGGUCGUGACGUUGGCCCAGUACCAGAGGACGUCGUUCUGGUUUUUCGAGAGCACGGAGAACUUGAUCAACCUGACCCGUCUCCACGAGGAGAUCGUGGAGGAGAAAGUGGACAUGUACGAGGAGAAAUAUUACCACUUCGAUGUCGAUAAAAUUUCGAUACUCUCGAAGGGCAUACAGAGGGCGUACAUCAUGCCGCACACGCUCGAGACAUCGAGUCUCGACCCCGAGGAGGCGCUCAGGCGAUUACUGGCCAAGGAUUUGCUCGGUCAGAUGUACAUGGUCGAUUACGAGUUGAUUAAUUACACGGCGCUGCUGUUGGCCUUUUGCAAGAACGAGGAUCCACGGAAAGGGUUCGCCAUGGCGCUCGCUCUCGCCAUAGGGAAUCCUGUGUGCACCGAUAUGGAAGAGGGAGAGAGAUACGUGAAGGAGCUUUUAUAUCAGAAACAAUUGGCCCAUGAUCUCGGCAUCCCUCUUCUUCAGGUCGAAGAGGCUGUCAAGGUGGCAAAGCUGUUAAUCAAUUAUAUCCUAAAUAAAAUUGAAAAGAUAAUCGAACAGAAAGAUUUGUAUUGCGAAGAAGAAAGUCCUUCAUCAUUCAAAUUUUUCGAUGAAUCCGUCGAUCCUGAGGAAGAGGCAUUUGAGGAUGUGAUAGAGGACGAGGAGAUAGAGACCCCGCCUGAACUCUCGGAACUGAUCAUUUAUUGGAUCUCUUUCGACCUUUGUCUCACGGUACUGGCUGCAGCUUUGCCAUGGUAUUUAUUGCUGCAGCCAGAUAUUAUCGGCCAAUAUCCAUCAAUGCAUGAAAAAUUAGCUAGCGUAUUUGAAGAAUUGAGAGACGAGAGGCUUAACCAUGAGAAGAAUGUCGUUUUGGCGCAUCGGUUUUUAAAUCACAAUUUCAUGAAACAAUUGUUAACCAAUGUUACCAAAUUUACGAUUAAGAAUAUAGCAGAAAUCGUUGAGGAAAUUAUUGUAGAAAGAGAAAAUGCAAAAUCUCAAGAAAAUGCGAAAUUUUCGUAAAAAAAAAAAAUUUUGUUAUCUUUUAUAGAUAUCUAUAUCUAUUUUAUUUGAAGAAUAGAGUAAAUGGCCCAUUGAAAUUCAUUUAAAAGUUACUUAAAUAAUUUAAAAAUAUUUCUUAAUCAUUUUUGCAUUGUAUUUGUGAACGGAUGAUUAUUAAUUAUUU